UCUACCGCAGACCGAAAACCGCAAGUCAUCGUUCGCGAGCGGAUUGCACUCACACCAUCAAGUAGUCGCGGGUUGGGCGAACGAAAGCUAGGGAUGGAGUCAUAAACGGUACGCGAACGGCGAUUGGCUCCAUUCAGUUGCGUGGCAUCGGCGAGAGCAGCAAGAUGGAUCUGUUAAGCUACGUGUUGACCGCGUUCGUGUUCGUCGUCUCGAUUGCGUACCUAUACCUGCGCAGUCGGCACAACUAUUGGCGUGAUCGGUGCUUUCCCUACACGCGCCAGAAGCCGCACCUGCUGUACGGGCACAUGGAGCAGUUCCAGUCCAAGCACGCAUCGUACAUCAACGAGGAGCUGUACUGGGAGUUUAAGAACCGCGGCGAACCGAUCGGUGGCAUGAGCAUGUUCUUCCUGCCCGGCCUGAUCGUGGCCGAUCCGGAGCUGGUGAAGUCGAUCCUGGUGAAGGACUUUAGCGUGUUCCACGAUCGGGGCGUGUUUAACGAUGCCAAAGCGGACCCGCUGUCGGCCCAUCUGUUCGCGCUGGAGGGUCACGAGUGGCGCGUGCUGCGCCAGAAGCUUACGCCAACGUUCACCUCCGGUCGGAUGAAACAAAUGUUCGGCACGAUACAGCAGGUGGCGGGCGAGUUCCUGAAGUAUAUGAACGAGCACUGCCACCGCGAGAUUGAGAUGAAGGAUGUGCUGGCCCGCUUCACCACGGACGUGAUCGGGACGUGCGCGUUCGGCAUCGAGUGCAACACGCUGAAGAAUCCGGACUCGGACUUCCGCAAGUACGGCAACAAGGUGUUCGAGCAGGACACGCUGCUGAUGCUGAAGUUUAUGUUUGCGACCACGUUCAAGGGUUUGGCGAAGCGCAUCGGCAUGAAGCUGACCGACGAGGGUGUGGAGCGGUUCUUCCUGCAGGUUGUGCGCGAGACGGUGGAGUACCGCGAGAUGAACAACGUGCAGCGGAACGACUUCAUGAACCUGCUGCUGCAGAUCAAGAACACGGGCUCGCUGGACGGUGGCGAUGUGCCGAUCAAGGGGGCGGCGGGCCUGACGAUGAACGAGCUGGCCGCGCAGGUGUUUGUGUUCUUCCUGGCCGGCUUCGAGACGUCCUCGACCACGAUGAACUUCUGUCUGUACGAGCUGGCCAAGAACCCGGACAUUCAGGACCGUCUGCGGGAGGAAAUCGAGCGUGCGGUGGAGGAGAACGGCGGCGAGGUGACCUACGACAUGGUGAUGAACGUGCAAUAUCUGGACAACGUUAUCAAUGAAACCCUGCGCAAGUACCCGCCGAUCGAGUCACUUUCGCGCGUACCGAUGCGUGAUUACACCGUGCCCGGGACCAAGCACGUGAUACCGAAGGACACAUUCAUCCAGAUACCCGUGUACGCGCUGCACCGCGAUCCCGAGUUCUACCCCGAGCCGGAGCAGUUCAACCCGGACCGCUUCCUGCCGGAGGAGGUGAAAAAGCGACACCCGUACGUGUUUUUGCCGUUCGGCGAGGGGCCACGCAUCUGUAUCGGGCUGCGGUUUGGCGUAAUGCAGGCAAAGAUUGGGCUGAUUACGCUGCUGCGAAACUUCCGCUUCACGCCCUCAUCGCAAACGCCGGCCAAAAUCGUGUUUGACCCAAAGUCCUUCAUAUUAUCACCGUCCACCGGUAAUUAUCUGAAGGUUGAUAAGAUAUAGUGCCUGCGUGCAAGAGGGGAGAACUCAUUUUUAAGGGGAGAAAUGAGAGGUUUUUAUAAUAUUUUACACCUCGAUUUAGAUAACUUGAUUGCAAUCAUCCCGAAGGAAUUGUAAGUGUACUGUUUGUGCGUUUAGAAUUAAGACAAUGUUUUGGGUGAGACAAAUAAAACGAACACCUUUAAAAGAGAA